GUUGUGAAGGACGCACUAGGCGGCGGAACUCUCUGAGUUCUGCUUGGCGGCGGCCUCGCCUUGUAACGUUAGUUCGAUGUUCACACGUGGGACUGCUGUUGAGCAUGGAGGCUGCUGAGGCUCCAGCGGUGGCGAGUUCCAGACCGGGGCUGGGCCUCUGUGGGACCUGGAUGGUGGCCAGAGGGGGCUCCAAGCUCCUGGCCGCCAGUUAUAAAGAGCCCAGCCAAGAUUAUCUUUUCAUGUAUGACUGUGUCACUGCAGGCAAGAAACCUCAGGAAAACAAAAGAGAGGAUGGAAAAUCAACAGGUAAAUCAAGUGAUGCUAUCCUUGCCUGGGCAUUUUCUUCAUCUGGAACCUAUGUUGCUCUGACUGAUGACAGCAAACGCCUGAUUCUUUUUCGUACUAAGCCUUCCUGGGAAUGCCUGAGUAUAAGGCUUGUUGCUAGAAGAUGCACUUCUCUGAUCAUAACAGCAGCGGAGGAUAAGAUUCUGGUUGCUGACAAAUCUGGAGAUGUCUAUUCUUAUUCAAUAGAUGAACCAGAGAAUGCAGGAACAAUUGAACUUGGGCAUCUGUCUCUUCUACUGGAUGUGGCAUUGAGUCCUGAUGAUCAGUACAUCCUAACAGCUGACCGAGAUGAGAAGAUACGAGUUAGUUUAACAAGAGCACCACAUAACAUUGUAUCCUUCUGCCUGGGACAUAGAGAGUUUGUCAGUCAAAUAUUUGUAAUACCAAACUAUCCAGAUCUUCUCUUAUCAGCUUCUGGGGACUGUACUCUGAGGCUCUGGGAGUAUAAAAGCGGAAAAGAAGUCCAUUGUUGCCACUUGAAUAGUUUGAAUACAUGUGAGGCUACUAAAAAUGAGAAGAAAUAUGCAGUCUCAAGAACAGCCUAUUGUUGUGAAGGAAAUUACAUUGCCAUUUUAUAUGACUGUAUCCCCACAGUAUCCAUCUUCCAGCUUGAUACUGAUGCUCAGAAACUCCUUUGCAAACAGCAUAUCUCCUUGAGUCACCAAGGCUGGGACAUUACAUUUGAGGAGACUGGUGGGCUCUGGAUUCUGCAAGAGGACAAGCAAACACCACUUCUAUUGUACCAGCCUGUGGAUGAGCAGUGGCAGCCUGUAACUGAAGAAAAAGAAUUGAUAAAAAUGUCAAAAUACCUGCGUGACAACUGGACAGUGUUUGAAGACUCUGUUGGCAAAGGAAGUUGCUAUCAGAAUCUCUACAAGGCUUCUUUUGAUAAUAUGGCUGUGUACCUGCAAAAGAAAGAAGAAAGACUACAGCAGCAGAAAAAUAAAAGAAAGGAACUGCAGCAUGAAUCAAAUGGACAGACAAAGAAGGUCAAAACGGAAGCGCCAUCCUUGUGAUGCUCAGUGGAAAUUAGGUUAUGGCUUGCAAAAGCAUCAAGAAGCUAAUCUGAGAAUUUGAAUUGUUUCCUGAGACUCAGUAAAUAACAAGUUGAUUUGGUGCCUAUCACAGCUUACCAUCUGAAGAAAUAUAAAUAUUAACAGAAUUUGCCUGAUUAUCAUAAUUAUGCAUCUUAUUGAAAAUAAUUAUGUACUGUAUACAUGGUUUGUGGUUAAAAGCCUUGAGUGCCAACUUAGAUGUUAUUGAGUGAUGACAUCAAGGCACAGAAAGGAGAGGAAAUUUCCUCUUCCAGAACCUGCUGAGAUACCCUAUUACAUCUGCUUUCUUAAAUGUGCCCCAAAGUCAUAAUAUAUGUUAGAGAAUGAAUCUGAAAACGUGGUGGGUGGGGGCCAGGAGAAAGUGGUUCUAUGAGAUCCUUAUGGUCCUGCAAUGCGUUGAAAGGAUGGAAAAGUCAGAUCUUCAAACUACAGAGUGAUUUACUUAGAGCACCCAAUGAUUAUCAUGAUCUAUUGGACCAUAAUGGAGCGUCAACAGGGCAAUCUUUUCUUAAAGAAAUCACUCUGAUUUAUGAUUAAUACCAUAAUGGAGUAUAGAUCCAGAGGAGUUAGCCAUGUUAGUCUGUAGUAGCGAAAUCAAAAAGAGUCCAGUAGCACCUUUAAGACUAACCAAUUUUAUUGUAGCAUAAGCUUUCGAGAAUCACAGUUCUCUUCGUCAGAUGCAUGGAGGGCAGAAGGAAACUGGCCAAAUAUAGGGGAGGGGAGGGGGGGAGGAGAGGGGAGAUGCAAACAACUCCUUUGAUAUGGAGAUGCAAACAGCUCCUUUUGAUGUGGGGAUCAGUUUGCUUCUGUAAAGGUUCAAAGGAGUUUGCCGUGUUAGUCUGUAGUAGCAAAAUCAAAAAGAGUCCAGCAGCACCUCCAAGACCAACCAAUUCCACUGCGGCACAAGCCCUCGAGAACCACAGCCCUCCCUGCCAGAUGCAUCUGACAAAGAGAACUGUGGUCCCCGAAAGCCCACGCCAGGUGCCACUGGACUCUCCCCGACCCUGCCUAUGUAAAGGAAAUCCGCUACCUGUGAUAAUGAGAUAACCAUUCAUAGUCCCUAUUCAGUCCCAGCUUGACAGAGUCAAAUUUACAUACGAAUUCCAAUUCAGCAGCUUCCGUUGGAUUUUGUUUUUGAAAGGUUUCUCUUGAACUACAGUGACCUUUAAGUCUUUGAUGGAAUGUCCUGGUAGAUUGAAGUGUUCCCCCACUGGUUUCUGGACGUUGCCAUUUCUAAUGUCAGAUUUGUGUCCAUUUAUUCUUUUGCGUAGAGGUUGGCUGGUUUGUCCAAUGUACAGAGCAGAAGGACAUUGUUGGCACAUGAGGGCAUAUAUCAGAUUGGAGGAUGAGCAGCUGUAAGAGCCAGAGACAGUGUAGUUGAUGCCAUUGGGUCCUGUAAUUGUAUUCCCUGGGUAGAUAUAGGGGCAGAGCUGGCAUCUGGGUCUGUUGCAGGGCCUGGUACCUGUGCUGGUGACUCUGCUAGCCGAUUCAUGAUUGUAAGUGAGAAAUUGUUUAAGGUUGGGGGGCUGUCUGUAGACAGAAAGUUGGAGUAUAAGUGAAGUAAAUAAAUAAAUGAAAUAAAUAGAUGAACCAUG